GUUCCUUUGCAGCAGCAACGCAGCCGCCAUGGCUGGCUGGGCUGUUUGGUCCGCGCGCAGCCGGCGUUUUCUCUCUUCGCGCUGGCGGCCCCUGCAAGAGCCCGAACUGCGGAGCGGUGUGAGCGGUCACCGACGCCUCUGCGUGGCCGAAACAGGGUUGAAGCCGCGACGGGAUAAAUUCGGCGGAGUGAGCUUAAACCUGGCUCAGCUGCGCUCUCCUGACAGCCUGGACCAAGCAGCCUUCGGGCGCUGGCUACAGGGUGCUAUCAAGCAAUGGCGAGCAGAAGGCCACAUAGCAGCAUGGCUACAUGUACCUAUACUGCAAAGCAGAUUUAUAGCUGCUGCCGCAGAGCAAGGCUUUACUUUUCACCAUGCAGAAUCAGACUCGGCUACACUGGCUCUCUGGUUAGCAGAAGGACAUAGCAGACUACCAGUUUAUGCCACUCAUCAAGUAGGUGUUGCAGGUGCUGUAUUAGAUACCCACACUGGGAAAGUAUUAGUUGUUCAAGACAAAAAUAAAACAAGAAAUACAUGGAAAUUUCCAGGAGGCUUAUCUGAACCGGGUGAAGACAUUGGGAACACAGCAGUUCGAGAAGUUUUUGAAGAGACAGGUAUAACAUCUGAAUUCAAGUCUAUUCUAAGCAUGCGACAGCAACAUGGGCAACCUGGAGCCUUUGGGAAAUCAGAUAUGUACAUAAUCUGCCGUCUGGAGCCUUCUUCUUUCCAUAUUAAUUUCUGCCAGCAGGAGUGCUUAAGAUGUGAAUGGAUGGACCUAACAGACCUUUCCAAGACAAAAGAAACUACUCCAAUCACUAGCAAUAUAGCUAGAUUACUUCUCUAUGGAUAUCGGGAAGGGUUUGAUCAAAUUGAUAUAUCUAUGAGAGAAUUCCCAGCUAUGUAUACAGGUCUUUUCUAUAAGUUGUAUCACAGAGAGCUGCCAGAAAGUUAUAGAAAUGUGACAGAUAUGCAGUAAAAUUGAUAUUCUUUGUAAUCAAAAAUUAUUUGAAAUCAAAAUCUGUGUUUGUGUGUUUUGUUCCAGAUUAAAAUCAAUAUUUAUGUUUAUGUCUUUUAAAAAGAUAUUACCCUUAAAUAAUAAAGACUC